AUGAGGGUCAGCUGGAUUUACCGCCUCAACAAGGAGCAACUUAUCGCCGAGCUGCAGGGGAGAAAUCUCAACCAUGAGGGUACCGUGGUAGAGCUUCGCCAGCGACUAGUUCGAUAUGCCCGAAAGAACCCGCAAGAUUUCAUCGGAAAAACAGAAGAUCCAAAUGGGUAUGACGAAGUAGCUGACCUAAAGCAAGACCUAGAGCUCGAACGCUAUGAAUUGAUCCAACGAACACUUGAAGAAACCCGCAACGCCGGACGCUCAUCCACCCCGACCGGAGAUCCACCAGAAAUAUCACCUGGAGAAAAUAAAGCAUCAUACGGAUUCACCAGUGAACAGCUGCUGCAAGGUGCACCGGAGCUGCUGCGUGGAGAAGCCCUGCAAUGGCGACGCAACUACGCCAGCGACUGUCGAACCUGGGAGGAGCUCGAAAGCAGGCUGAGAAAUUUUUAUUUAUCGAGCGGUGAGCGGCGGAAUCUUACCAGACAGGUCGCCGAACGAAUUCAGAAACCGAACGAGAAUAUAAGGGCUUACUGCAACGCAUUGACCACCCUGAUGAGAAGAAGGGGAGGAUAUACGGUGAUAGAGCAACUCGAUAAUAUAUAUUACAAUAUGAAACCCGAGUUACAAUUACGGGUUCUUCGGGAAGAGAUAACCGACGUACCUCAGCUCAUACAACGCAUAGAAGAAUACGAAGAUAUCGUCGCCAAACUCCACGAGCAAGAACGAAAAACCGCCAUCAAUAGCGCCUCCACGAGUAAAAACACCACGAGUAAAAGCACCACCGAUUAUUACAACCGAGCCGAAUGCUGUUGGCGUUGCAAACAAUGCGGCCAUUCCCGCGCCGACUGCAAGAACAUAGCUCGGAAGUUCUGCUCCCAUGGGAAGCAAGAGACAAUCGCCACGCUGGCCGACGGCUCAACCACCGAACUGACAGACUACGUGGAAGGUAAAGCGAUGACCCUCGGCGGCACCUUCAGGAGCAAGUUUAUUGUCAUGGAAGGGCUACGUUAUGAAAUGCUAUUGGGGAUGGAUGCGUUACGCAAACUGAACAUCCGUGUAAUCAUAGCUGGAAAGGAAUUACAACCCAACCGGUCCAAUACCUCGGUACUCUCUAUCAGCAGCGUCGGCAUUCAGGAAAUCUCGCAAGAUCAACAGGCACGAGUGGACGAACUCAUCCAAUAUGAGAAAGAACUCUUCGGAAGUAUCCAGGGCCCCACACCGCUCACCGAAUACACCAUAAAGAUAAUCAACGAGGCGGUCGAGGAGAUGUUACAAGAAGACGUGAUUGAGCCAUCCGACAGCGCUUGGAGCUCCAAUAUAGUUCUUGCCAAGAAAAAGGAUGGAAAGAGGCGCUUUUGCAUCAACUUCCAGGGCAUCAACAAAAUCAGCAUCAAAGAUGCGCACUCGCUACCGCAUGUUCACACGACGCUAAACAAACUCCGGGGGGCGAAGUAUCUAACCACGAUCGACCUGAAAAAUGGUUACUGGCAAAUUCCGCUGUCAGAAGAAAGCAAGAAGUACACCGCUUUCACUGUCCCCGGAAGAGGUCUAAUGCAAUUCAAGGUUCUUCCAUUCGGUUUACACUCGGCACCAGCAGCAUUCAUGCGGCUAAUGAACGCAGUUAUCACACCAGAUUUAGAACCAAAUGUGUUCUGUUACCUCGACGACAUAGUCAUUGUUACAGAGGACUUUGAACAGCACUUACAGCUGAUUAGCGAAACUCUCCGCCGAUUACGAGAUGCCAAGCUGAAGCCGAAUUGGGAGAAAAGUCACUUUUGCAGAAAACAACUGAAGUACCUAGGUCAUGUCGUCGAUGAGGAAGGACUACACACAGACCCAGAGAAGGUGAGGGCAAUCACCGAUCUUCAACCACCAACGAACCUCAAAGAAUUACGCCGGUUUUCAGGAUUAAUAUCAUGGUACAGAAGGUUCAUUCCGCUGGUAGCAAAGAAAACGGCCCUCCUCAACAAGCUACUAAAGAAGAAAGUAAAAUGGGAGUGGGGUCCGGACCAACAAGAAGCGUUCGAAAAGCUCAAGGAAGACCUAGUGCAAGCCCCGGUCCUAGCAUGCCCAGAUUUCGCCAAGACAUUUGUAUUACAAACCGAUGCCAGCAACGAAGGAUUGGGGGCAGUCCUAACUCAGGAGGAGGAAGGAAAAGAACGGGUGAUUGCCUAUGCCAGCCGAUCGUUAAACCAGGCGGAACGGAACUAUUCAGCAACAGAAAAGGAGUGUCUCGCAAUAAAAUGGGGAAUUUGGAAGCUCCGAGAAUAUCUCGAGGGCUAUCAUUUUGUCGUCCUGACAGAUCACCAGUCUCUUAAGUGGCUUGAAAAGAUUCACAACCCGUCCGGUAGGUUAGCCCGAUUGGCGAUGGAAUUAGCACAGUGGGAUUAUGAGGUCAAAUACCGGAGAGGCAGGGAUAACACUGUCGCAGACGCUCUAUCUAGACAACCAGUAGCUGUAUGCAACAUCGAUAUUAAAACGAACUGCACAUGGUACACAAAGAAAUUGACUGCCGUCCGACAGGAUCCAAAAAGUUAUCCAGAAUUCUGCAUCAAAAAUGGAGCACUGCACCGCCAUAUCCUACAUACGUUGGAUUUUAACGACACUGACGCGACCGAAGACUGGAAAAUCUGCAUACCCACCGAAUAG